UAGAACAUGUCCACAUUUAGUGGCUGUGCCGUUUGCGGCGACCAGAGUUCCGGAAAGCAUUACGGAGUGGCGUGCUGUGACGGUUGUUCCUGCUUCUUCAAGCGGAGUGUUCGGCGUGGGAGUAGCUACGCAUGCAUCGCCCUCGCGGGAAACUGUGUUGUGGACAAGGCCAGGAGGAACUGGUGUCCUUCUUGCCGCUUUCGACGCUGCUUGGCCGUUGGGAUGAAUGCCUCUGCUGUUCAGGAAGAGAGGGGUCCGCGCAACCAGCAGGUCACUCUCUACCGCAACUCCCGAAGGAAUCCACCGCCAUCCCUGCCCUCUCCGGCGCCCACUAUGCAUCCACAGGCUCUACACUUCCAGAUUCUUGCCCAGAUUCUGGUCACGUGCCUGCGCCAGGCAAAGUCCAAUGAGCAGUUUCGUUUGCUGGACCGAGGACAGCAGGAUGCCAUCUUGCAGGUUGUGUGGAGUGAAAUCUUCGUUCUACGGGCCUCCCAUUGGUCUCUUGACAUAAGCGCCAUGAUCGAGGGUUGCGGCGAUGAGCAGCUCAAGGCGCUCAUCUUCGAAGCUCAGCAAAUGCAAGCCGACGUACUGGAGUUGAACUUUCUAGAGACUCUAAUUCUGUGCAGAAAAGAGCUGGCUCUUAGUGCGGAGUACGCUAUAUUGUUAGGAAGCCACUCCAACGCAGCAUUGGUUUCCUUAGCCAGGUAUACCCUCCAUCAGUCCAACUACUUGCGUUUUGGCCAACUUCUACUGGGCUUAAGACAGCUCUGUCUGCGACGUUUUGACUGUGCUUUGUCCUGUAUGUUUCGAACAGUGGUCAGGGAUAUAUUGAAAACAAUAUAA